AUGGAACUAGAUAUGCUUGAUUCCAGUGAUGAGAUAAAUGAAGAUGACUUCUCUAUACUGCAAUCGUUUCUGCACCCAGAGCAAGGUUCUUCGCCGUCCAAUGGAUCUAAUAACGAAUUUAAUGUCAGGAGUUCUCAAUUAGACAUGAGUGACCAGGAUGACGAAUUUGUGAAUUCACUAUUGUCAACCGAUUUUCAACUCUAUGAAGAAACCAUUCACACCCGUCCUCAUGGGUGCAACCCAACACAGCCACUGAGAGGAGUGUAUGUUGGGGAUAGCAGUGAUAGUGACACCGAAACCCUCCAGGCACAGUAUGGGGAUGCUGGUUUGAAAGAAUACCAGCAGAUGCAAAAGAUUCGAGCAUCUACUGAAACUCUGCCUUCUCUCAAUCUUCAGACUCUCAAGCUUCAGACUCGAGCAUCUACUGAAACUCUACCUUCUCUCAAGCCUCAGACUCGAGUAUAUACUGAAACUCGACCUUCUCCCAAGCUUCGCCGAAAUGAAAACGGAGAAUAUGGUUUAUUUCAUGAUGAGAUGUUGGCAUCAACUGCCAACUCAAAAACAGAUAUGCCUAAGAGAAUUAAUUUGGUCCAUAGUGAUUUACCUACUAACACCAGAGCUUGGAAAGCUCAACCUCAACCAAAAUCCCACAACUUGGUAGAAAGGGAAUGUGCUCCUAAAAUACUCCAAUUAAAUGGUGAAGGUUCACGCACAGUAUACAGAGAUAGGGCGAGAGAAGUUAAAGAGCCUGCUAUUAAUCUGCCUCAAAUGGGAAAUCCUACAGCGAAGCUGCACAAAGAUCGUAAAAUGCCAGAAACAACCAAAGCAGAAACAAAUUUAAAGUCAAGAUCUACUACGUCUGAUUGCAGCAAUAGAAAGGGCUCCUUCAUUGUCAUGGAGACUUCUCCAUUAGACCAUGAGCAAAUCCCACCAUCGAUAUACAUUUGGAAUAUAGCUGUAGGUAUAGUUUUGUCGGUAUUCUGUAUUUGGGAGAUGGCGUCUCUUCAUUAAGUGAUGCCCUACUUAACACUUUUUAAGCCUAGGAUGUCAUCAACAUGACCAAUAGGUCCAAUACCAUUUACUAAUAAGCUACAGAAGGUCCUUAUGGGUUUCAAUCCCUAAAUCUCCGUAUAAUCAUAAUGAAUGUAAUUUUUUUUUUUUGGGCCA